CUGGAGGCUUAGAUCGGGAGGUAGUCUGUCCUAAAUUGCGAACCAGGCUCACGAAUGAAUUCCAAAUAGAGGGUUAUUGUAAUUUAUCAGAAAAUUUGUCUCGUAAGUUUGUUGCAAAUCAAGCAAAGCAAGCACCCAUGGUUCGAAGCUGAGUAGCGACGUGGCUAUCAACAAGGAAAUGUGGCCAGCUGUCGUUGUUUUCCUUAUUUUAAUGAACAUACCAUUAUGUGCAGAUGCUGUGCCCAACUUCUUGAAGGAACCUACUUCCCAAUCAGUCCUCAAAGGGAGCGCAGUCAAUUUUGAAUGCCAAAUAAAUGUUGCACAACCCAUUUACAACUGGCUGAAAGAUGGCAGUAACAUCAGUAAAGGCAACAUCUUCCCUUCUGGCUUAGCAACGUUAUUGAAGAUUGAUAACCUAGAGUUUUCUGAUUCUGGGAAUUAUUCCUGUGUAGCUACUGAUAAACAGUCAGGAGAGACAGUAACAAAAUCAGCGACCUUAACUGUGCAAGGUGUCCCAUCAGUAAGUAUUUCUAAAACACCUUCAUCAUCAGCAACAUAUGUUGGGCAAUCUGCCUUGUUUCACUGUGAAGUUGUUGGAUAUCCAAAACCUGUUUUAAAUUGGAAAAAUAGUAGUGAUGCCAUCAUUUCUAGCGGUGGACGAUUUGAGGUUUUCAGCAAUGGAUCAUUGAGGAUUAAUAAUUUAGUCAAGAGUGAUGAUGGUAGCUUGUUCAGCUGUAAAGCUCACAACUCGUUUGGCUCAACAUCUGCAAGUACAACCCUGAUUGUAAAUGACCUGCCCAUCCCUCCAUCAUUUACAACAAGACCAGGCAACAAAACUGCUAGUGAAGGAGACAGAGUCACAUUUUACUGUAGUGCCAAUGGUAUUCCUCCUCCAAGUAUCACAUGGAGCAAAUUAUAUGGGAACAUUACAGCUGAUCGGAGGCAAGAACCCUCUCCUGGUGCCUUAAGGAUUGUCAAUCUUCAGCAUGUGGAUGAUGGUGUCUAUGUCUGUACAGCAAAGAAUUCUGAAGGGAAUGUCACAGCCUUGGCAUUUCUACGUAUCCGAGGUUAUCCUCGUAUAACAAGGACACCUUCAAACAAAGUGGUUGAAGAACACUCACCUGUCCAAUUUACCUGUUUAAUUGAGGGAAACCCAACCCCUCAUGUGGAAUGGACCACACCCAAUGGCUCCAUAUUUACUCUGCAGUCUCCACACUUGGGCACCAUAAAAGUCCUUUCAAACAAUUCUCUUAGUAUCUCCAUGGUAACAGAAACUGAUGGUGGAACAUAUACUUGCAAGGCUGUGAAUGAUGUUGGAGAAAGGUCUGCCUCUGCAACCUUAAAAGUUUUGACUCCUCCAAGAUUUCUUGUGCCCAUGGCAAACAGGACACAGAAUAUUAACACUCAACUUGUGGUGGAAUGCGGAGCUUAUGCCAUGCCCACUCCUGAGUAUCAGUGGAUAUUUAAUGACACAAUUAUCACAGCAAAUCGCCACCUGAAUUUGAGUUCUUUGUCUCUUGGUGAUCAAGGGUUCUACACUUGUGUUGCAAACAACUCAUUUGGAUCAGUUUCUGGUAAAUUCUACCUAGCAAUUCAAGUGCCACCAAACUUUGUAAUGUCUCCAAUAAAUCAAACCAUUCCUAAAGGAAAAACAGCCAUAUUUUCAUGCCAGGCUACAGGAAUUCCUGUUCCUUCCAUAAAAUGGUACAAGUCACAAAACCUUAUCACCAAUGAUGUGCGCUUCACUGUUUUAUCAAAUGGAACACUUGUGGUCAAAAGUGUAUCUGAACAAGACAGUGGUUGGUUCACCUGCCGUGCAACAAAUGACGCAGGAACAAGUGAAAAAAGAGUAUACUUUUUAGUGGCUGACUCUCCUGUGUUCACCAUCGUUCCGAGUAAUGUCACGGUCGAUGAACGGAGCAGUGCAACUAUGUCAUGCCGCGCCCGUGGCCCUGAUGAGCCUGUUGUUACCUGGAUGCUUGAGAAAACCGGUGGAACCAUAACAAAUAUUGUUCCCAGUGCCACUGUACAGAUUCAUUCCAAUGGAGAUCUAACAUAUUCCAGCGUCACAUUGCAGAAUGGAGGCCUGCACAUUUGCAAAGCUUGCAACACUGCUGGGUGUGCGAGUGCCAAGGCCUACUUAGAUGUCUUAUUUGCCCCACGAUUCAUUGUCCCACCCAACACCGUGUAUGCUCUUAAAGGCCAAACUGCCAUUUUGGAAUGCAAGCCGGAAUCCAAUCCCCCAGCGACCAUAACCUGGCUUCGAAAUGGCGAAAGCCUUGCUGGGACUGGAAACCAGUACCGUGUUAAUAAUGUAGAGCCAGAGGAUGAAGGGUCAUACACUUGCAAGGCGAGGAACAGCAGAGGCUCAACACAGCAAGUAGUUGACGUGAAGAUCGGAGCCAAAGCCGAGAUUAUAGACUUCCAAAAGACUCCAUCACAGAACAGCAAAACGAUCAUGAAGUGUGAAGUGGAAGGAAGCCCUCGUCCUCAGGUGACCUGGUACCUACAGGGUUCUAAGUUACCAGAUUUUCAAAAGUUCCCGGAUUACACCGUCAAUGCUAAUGAAGAGUUGAUCACUCCUGGUGUAUCUCUUGUCAAUAACUCCUUUUUGUGUAACUGCACUAAUCCUCUGGAUACAGUGGCGAGGUUUGCAAGAGUCCCCAGACCUCCUUUUCAACCUUCAGUCACAAGUAUCAUGGAGACAUCCUUAGAAAUGACUUGGACCCAGUCUGACCCUUUGGAUCUCGUUCUUCAGUAUAUGGUGCAGAUGAAGACUGUAGUAGGAGACUGGGAACAAGUAAACGACACGAUAAAAGGAAGUUCGGUUCGUGUGAACAACUUACAAGCGUUUACAGUUUACAGUUUUAGAGUGAAGGCAAAGAAUGGACUGGGCAGUAGUCAAUACAGCCAGCCAUCGCAAAAUGUGACAACUCUGGAGGGAGCUCCAUCAACCCCGAAGGAUUUGAAAAUGACUGUAGAAAACGCGACUGUUGUUUAUGUUUCGUGGGUAAAACCUGAAAAUUUAAAUGGAUAUCUUAGCACCAUUUUGUACAGAAUCAGCUACGGACCUCAGAAUGGGAACAAUUCUCAGGAUGUUUUCGUCCAACACAAUAUUGUAAGGAGCCCACAAAAUUUCACGUUACGAGAGCUGGCUGCCGAUACCGUUUACAUGGUCAGGGUAUACGCUGGAAGAAGAAGGAAAGAUGGAAUAGAAAGGUGGAGUAGAGCUGUUUCAAAACAAAUAACAACCAUGCAGCUAGUUCCCCUUACACCCCCUGUGGAUUUAAUUGUACAGUCAAAUGGAGCUUAUCAGCUUAUGGUUAAAUGGAAGCUUCCUUCAUAUUCAAUAUCUGGUUACCGUGUAUGGUACAAAGAGUUAGAGGGUGCGGUGUUUGAUGGGAAAGUAGUUAUUCCCCGGAUGUCGGACACUGUUUACCUUAUAACAGGUCUGGUACCAGACACCAAAUAUGAAGUGAAGGCCCGGAUGUACAGUAACACAGGGAAUGGUCCUUUCUCGGAACUAUUCGUCGUCAAGACUGAUACUGAUAAGUUUGCUGUGACGUCAGGGCAAAGUGAUGGGACCCAGUCCUCUGGAUUAAAAGUCGCAGUCGUCUGUCUCGUGCUCGGUGUUCUCCUUUUGCUCAUCAUCAUCGCUUUUGUUUGUCUCAAGCGAAGACAAGCCAAGCGCUCUCGGCAAAGUUUUCAUAUCAGUAAUCGUGAAGACCCUUCUCUCAAGUACAUUUUCCACAAUCGGAGGACGGGGAGCACCUCACAAGUGUCCUCAAGUGGCGAUAGUGAGGGAAGUGUGGAAGGUCAGUACAACUUUGCGCCUGCAGAUGACGAAAUCGACGUUGGCAUGUUCGUAGGUGAUAGAAAUUCUACGAGUUUUAGUCAAGAUCUUGGAUUGCGAUACCUCGAUUCAGCGACUUCGACCUCGUACUCAGAGAGAAACGUGGAUGACGUUGUACGCCUCGAGGAAUACAAGCCGAGGCGUAGUCCCAUUGUCUCUCGUGGAAACUCGGUAUAUGACGAGGUAAUACCAAGUGACAGUAAAGGAAAAGACGAUAGAUACCUUAAACCGAAUAAUACGACGAAAAGUGAAGGCCUUGUCGAUUCUGCCGGGGUAGAUAAUAGUGCCUUCUCACUCUCUGACUUUGUUGAAAAUGAAGCUCCUCCUAACUGGAGACCUGUACCUCCGCCUAUCGAUAGAAACCAGUCGCCGGUUUAUGCGCAGGUGAUUAAAGGCCGAAAGACUAAUCCGGAAAAUUCCGUUCAGGGCCCAGACGAGUCGGCUAAGAAUGAGCCCAUGGUGAGUAGUCCUAACGACCAGGCUACCUUUACAAAGGACUCUGCUGAAAGUCUUGAAAACAGACCUGUGAAUAACAAGUCUGAUUCGGAGGUUACAUCUGAUGACGAUGAUGAACUGGAUAGGCCUCCGCCACCUCCUCGCCCGAGCCAAGUGGACGAUGAGUGGGUGCCACCUCUUCCUCCUGAGAUUAUGGCGCUCCCUGGGAGAAGGAAUCAUUUUGCAUCCUGGGCGUGCGAGGACGCUGAUGGUGCAAAAAAGACUAAUCCGGAAAAUUCCGUUCAGGGCCCAGACGAGUCGGCUAAGAAUGAGCCCACGGUGAGUAGUCCUAACGACCAGGCUACCUUUACAAAGGACUCCGCUGAAAGUCUUGAAAACAGACCUGUGAAUAACAAGCCUGAUUUGGAGGUUACAUCUGAUGACGAUGAUGAACUGGAUAGGCUUCCGCCACCUCCUCGCCCGAGCCAAGUGGACGAUGAGUGGGUGCCACCUCUUCCUCCUGAGAUUAUGGCGCUCCCUGGGAGAAGGAAUCAUUUUGCAUCCUGGGCGUGCGAGGACGCUGAUGGUGCAAAAAAGACUAAUCCGGAAAAUUCCGUUCAGGGCCCAGACGAGUCGGCUAAGAAUGAGCCCACGGUGAGUAGUCCUAACGACCAGGCUACCUUUACAAAGGACUCCGCUGAAAGUCUUGAAAACAGACCUGUGAAUAACAAGCCUGAUUUGGAGGUUACAUCUGAUGACGAUGAUGAACUGGAUAGGCUUCCGCCACCUCCUCGCCCGAGCCAAGUGGAUGAUGAGUGGGUGCGACCUCUUCCUCCUGAGAUUAUGGCGCUCCCUGGGAGAAGGAAUCGUUUUGCAUCCUGGGCGUGCGAGGAUGCUGAUGGUGCAAGUGAUUUUGACGAUUUGACGAAAAUAUGAAUACCAACUUAUGAUCAAAAACAAAUCACAAAUAUGAGAUUUUUUCCUUGGAAAGCAUUCGAUUUUAUUUCGAAUUCAUCGCGCAAACUUAGUGGGCGGCUGUGUGAGAAAAAAAAUGGUCAGACGUUCGGACACUUGUCGCAUCAUUUGAAUGUUUUUCUUUUUUACCUCUUGACCUUUAACUAUCAAAAUAGUGCACAUAAAACAGAAAAUACUUUUUACUUUGUAAAAGUUUUUUUUACCCUUCCUCAAAAAAUUCACGAGGUAACCAUAAGAGUUUAUCUUUCGUGGUUAGAAGUGUUUCGUUGGUCAUUUUCUCAUAGCAAGUUACCUGAAUGUUCCGUGUUGUGAAACAUAGAAAACAAACAAACAAACAAACAAACAAAAACACUAACGUAAGCUCGCUAGGAAGCAUGGUGUUCUGGACGUAAGUGUUGUCUUCAAAAAAUCCGCCUCGGAAAUUCCAAGAAGGCCAUGCUUAAUAUUCAGCGCUAUCCGGAAUGCGUGUAUAGUUAUUUUGUUCCCAAAUUUUCAAAGUUUAUUUUUGUCAGUAACAUUUUUUUUAUUCGGUGUCACUUUUUUUUACUGUCAUUGUGCAUGUACACAUAUCGAAACGUAACGUCUGGUCGACAUUCUGUUAGAAUUAGUGGCAUUUCAUUUGUGACAAAUUUUAUGGAGGUAAGGUACAAAAAAUCAAAUGUUGAAUGCUACAAAAGGUUAACUACUCUUGGAUGGCUGACGCAGCCUUAUAUUCCAAUUAACCCUUUAACCUCUAAGGGGACUGGUAUCUAAUUUCUCGUUUCAAGAUCCCCCCCUGAAUAAAACAUUAAGGUCAUGAGAAUAAGGGAAAUGAUCAAUAACUAAAGAAGCUCUUGAUUGUUCAACAAAUUCUCCUUUUCAGAAACUAAAGAGAUGUACAGAGAUAGUAUGGAGAAUAUGCAUACUGAUGUUAGGGUGUAAAGGGUUUACAGAUAGAUUCCAUAUUGCCGUGCGUCUGUUUAGUAACAGAUCACAGAUGACGUUAACCCUGUAACUCCCACGAGUGACUAAGACAGAAUUUCUCCUCACAGUAUCCAUACAAUAUCAAGCAGACAAGUGAUGAGAAUAGAGAGAAAUAUCAAUUGGGGAUUAAAAGUUGAUCCAAUAACAAAUUCUCAGAACCAAAAUCAUAGGAGUUGUAUGGAAGUUAUUUAGGAGAAUUACUAGAGAGAUCUUGGGAGUGAAAGGGUUAAAAUGUGGUAAGAACAUGGCAACGUAAAGGAGGAGCAGUCGAGUAUGUCAUUGAUGUUAUGAUGUUAGUAUGCCACAUUUUGGCGUCUUUGUGAUCUAUUGCUGAACACACCCACGGCAACAUGGAGCCUAUUUGUGUUAUCUGAUAAAAAAGCAAAAUUUUGUUAAUGGUGAAGUGAUCUAUGUGUCUGUCUCCAAUAGAUCAUUAUUUAGAACCAGUUAAGAACCUUGUAGGAUUCAGCUUAUCAUAUAAAAUAAUAUAGUUUACAUAACAAUAAAUUCAAUUUAAAUUCAAUCAGAAAAAUUGAUAUUUUGACUUAGGUUAAUAAUUUAAAUCAAGCGUUCGUCGAACAAUUGGGGAGAGGUGUGUUUCCCUUGUUGUAAUCAGGAAGACUGUAAUUUAUUUUAGCUCACUUAAUUUUACAAUUAAAGUAAAGUCAAAGUA